GGCCCGUUGCUCAUUCGAGUGUGUACCGCCGACGCCGCCGCCGGCUCGCGCUGCGCCCUUCACCAACUACGUGUCCGCGUGCCUUCUUGUUUACAUACAACGCCGCGUCGGCAUGAUCGUUAUCCCCCGCAGACCAUAGUUGUGUAUCGAUAAACCGACUCAUUCCAACAGCUCAUCCGACGACAACAUGUGGUUAAUUGCAAUAUUGUUAGGAGUUAUAUUGGCCCUACUAUUUUUACUGACAUUCUUUCAUUAUACGACGAAUGGACGGAAAUAUUGGCUGCACAAAAAUGUACCUUAUAGAGAACCGUGCCCGAUAUUUGGGAAUUUUGGACCUACGUUUAUUAUGAGACGGAGUUAUGUGAACAUGUUGCAAUAUUUCUACGACAACUAUCGCGAUAAGAAGUUUGUUGGGAUUUUUCAAGCCCGUAGACCGACGUUGAUGGUGAUUGAUUUGGAUUUGUCUAAGAAUAUUAUGUCUUCAGAAUUUCAUAAUUUCAGUGACCGUGUGUCUGUAUCUACCGAUACACAAAGGGAACCGUUGCUUCGGAAUUUAGCAAAUAUGAGUGGUGCAGAAUGGAAAGCGAUGCGGCAUAUUGUAACGCCAACGUUCUCAUCAGCUAAAAUGAAAGCAAUGUUUCCGCUGAUCGCUGAUUGUGCUUUAAUGCUGAAAAAUAUACUUCUAAAUGACGUUACAGAUGAGGUAGAUGUUCCUAAACUGAUGACUAGGUACACCACCGAUGUAAUCGGCAGUUGUGCUUUUGGCUUUAAUCCGGAGUCUCUGAAAGAUCCUGACUCACCAUUUCUUAUAAUGGCUGGCAAAAUGUUUAGAGCAGAUCGCGCAACAAUAUUGAAGAGAUACUGCCGCACAUUUUUUCCAAGGUUAUUUAAAUUUUUGAAUUUGAGAACAUACUCUUCAGAUGUGGAGACAUUUUUUACGGGUAUAAUUGAACAAGUUUUAACAGAAAGACGCAAAACUGGAGCCCACAGACACGAUUUUCUCCAGCUAAUGCUCAACGUUCAGAAGUCUGAAAAUGGGUUUCCCAUGACGGACGCUCUGAUAACAUCCAAUUCAUUCAUAUUCAUGCUGGCUGGCUUGGAGACGUCAUCUACGACUUUAUCAUUUUGCUUGUAUGAGUUAGCUCGUUUGAAAGAACUUCAAGAUAAAAUUAGAAACGAAAUCAUUGAGUGUAUGGAUCGUUACGGAGGCUUGACUUAUGAAGCUGUCGGUGCCAUGAAGCUCAGUAUGCAGGCUAUUUUAGAGACGCUGCGGCUACACCCUCCGACACCACUGACAACCCGCCUAUGUACUUCGCCGUGUGUACUACCCGAAACUGAACUGAAGAUCAAAGCUAGAGAUCCAGUACUCAUCCCCAUCCACUGCAUUCAAAGAGAUGCGGAACAUUUUCCGGAUCCUGAUAAGUUUGAACCGGAUCGUUUCAAAGACGACUUAAAUCCCCCUGGAUUUAUUGCUUUCGGUUAUGGGCCGAGGAGCUGUCCGGGUGCUCGUUUUGCUCAGCUGACGACUUUGGCAGGAUUAGCUGCAAUUUUGACUGCCUUCACCGUGGAGCCCUGCGCGCGCACCACGUCUCGCAUACACUACGACCCUCGCAGUGUCAUGCUGAAGAAUAAGGGUGGAAUAUUUCUUAAAUUCACACCACUUGAUCCUGAAAAUUAAUGUGUUUCUCACAUUUCCAUUAAUCUAGAAAAUUUAUUUAACUCAUUGUAUAUUGAUGCCAUCGCCAUAUCGGAUAAUUAAUUUGUACUUAAGACUAUUUUCACGACUUUGAUAAUUUUUAAGGGAGUACUUUCAUUCGUAGAUUUAUUCUGCAUUAAGGUAAGAUAUUCUUAUAAGAAUAGAUCUUGCAAAGUUCUUAUAUGCUACAUAAUAUACAAUAUUUUUUAUAACGAAUUAAUUUUAAUUUAUGAUUUAACCAAUUUCUAAACGGGAUAUCGGCUGUAUUAUAUUUAAGUAAAAUAUUGAUAAAGGGGACAUUCAGUGCUGGCCACAAACAAAUUCAUAAAUAAUUUUGAAACAGUAAAUCGAAAUCUAAUAGAGAUUUCGAUUCAACUAACUUUACCUAUCAUUCAAAGUUGUUUGUUAUUUAUAUAUAAUCUUUAAUCUGCAAUUUUUAAAUGAUGUCUUGGUUUUCUUAAUAUAAUAUCUUCUGGUAUUUUUAUGGUGGUAUUUUUAUAGUUGACUAUAAUAUACAGUUACACCUGUACUAUUAGAUACUGUAUGGUCAGUUUGUAUCAAAAAUAUUUCGAUUUAGUGACGCCUUUUCGAAGAGUUUUGUUUUACUGUACUAAACAUGGAACUGGACCUUAAUUGUUUAUGACGUCUGUUAUCUUAUUUGGGAUAGUAUGCAUGCGCAUGCUCCGUUGUGCAUAUCUUAGCAGAUAAACAAUUUUAGUAUCAUUGUGAUAUUGAAAACGAGUAUGACUGGGCUUUAAUAAUUUGGGCUGUAAAUUAGUUUUGUUGUGUAUUGUGAUAUUAUAUAUAUUGAUACUUGUGUUAUAUUCAAAUUGUGUCAUAUAAUGGGCCCCGUCAGUCAGAGUAUCAGUCAAAAUUAUUUAGCACAUGUAUUGAAUUACUAGAUUUAUAUUAUAUUCUACCGCACCAUGAUAUAGUACACAUAGCGCUUAUUAUUAUUAUAUUGGUACUUAGAUAUAACAAUAUAUUUUUAAUAUGGUUUAUAUCUGAUACAUAUACUAUAUAAUAUCUGAUACAAACACUGAAUUAAUAUAUAUUUGAUGUUGAAAUAACUAAAGGUCCAUAGGUCAGUCAGUGUUUACAGUGUGUGUAUGUUAGUUACUUGGGUUUAACCGAUGCAGAUGCUUCUUGAUACAUUUUGGUUACAAAUCUUAGAAAAGUUCGUAUUUUCCUUGUGUCUGAUAGUAGUGUAAAUUGUACAAAUCUUACUAAUUAGCCAUAUAGUAUUUUUUUUAAAAUUUAACUUAAGUAUUGUAAAUAGUAGUAUAAUGAACCUUUAACUGUAAUUUAAAUGUGAUGAAGAUAUUCCCUAAUUAAUAUAUAGUUUUUUGUCAAACGGCUUCAUAAUAUUUAAGGCAAGGAUAGCUGGUAAAAAUUGAGUUUGUCAGAGAAAAUACGAGGUAUAACAAGAAAUUGAUAUUGCUUUUAUCGCGUUUGUUUUGGCUACAAUGUGAUAUGACAACAUGAUUAAUAUUUUGCUUUGUACAAAAACUUGGCAAAUUUUUCCAACAGGAAAUACUUUCGUUAUGUAAAAUAUCUCUUCACAUUUUAUAUUUAAUAUUUUACCAAUUUAUUAAUGUUUGUCAAGUACUAUCUGCAAAGCACUGUAAUAUAUUUGGAAUUAAAAAUCUUAA